UAGUGAAAAUGAAAUAUAAAUUAUAACCCAAAACUUGAAGAUUAAACUGAACUCUAAAUUGUUAUUGCAUUUUUCGUAAAUUAUACUUAAAAAUUAUAAUAAUACACAGUUUCUACGUGUACUAAGUGAAUAAAAUAGUAAUUUAUUGGAGAUCAACUAAUUUAUACAAUUGUGAUUACCACAACCUAUCUCAACACAUCUGACAUACUUUUGCUUAGACUUUAUAUUAUAAAUAAUUAUCGUUAUAACGCAGUUGUUACAAUAUCUUUAUAAAUAGUUCUUAUAUGAGUUAUUCUAUUCGAGAAGCUCUUUUUGUAGUAUCUGUAUUUUGGCUAAAGGGAAUGAUGAUAUAUUUCUGGAUGGAUCAAUCUCAUAUGAAGUUAUUGGAAUUUUGAGGUGCAGAUGAUGUCUGCGGUAAGCGGUCAGGAAGCAAUAAUCCGCCGUGUGAAGCAAGAAGUAGAGCCCCCGCCGCACUAUUCCCCGCCUGAUCAAUUGAGGCAAAUGCCGCUGAUGCAGCCCUGUGAUCUGAACUUGGAGCCAAAAGAGGAGUUCUGCGUAUCUCCCGGUUCUGGAAGUAUCGUCGGCAACACCAGCCCUGAGCAGCAGCAUUGCUCAUCGACAACUGCUGCAGCUUCCAGCGGAGCAAGGGAUGAUGAUGCACCACGUAGAGUCUGUUUGGUCUGCGGCGACGUUGCCUCGGGUUUUCACUAUGGCGUGGCGAGCUGCGAAGCGUGCAAAGCCUUCUUCAAAAGGACUAUUCAGGGGAAUAUAGAAUACACAUGUCCGGCGGCGAACGAGUGCGAAAUAAACAAACGCAGACGGAAGGCGUGUCAAGCGUGCCGGUUCCGCAAAUGUCUGCGCACGGGCAUGUUACGGGAGGGCGUGAGGUUGGAUCGAGUUCGCGGAGGAAGGCAGAAGUACCGGCGUGGCCCUGACCAGCCUACUCCAAACCAACCUAGGCCACAACUUGAUGAUAUCAAGGUGUUAGAAGCGCUAAUAUCAUACGAACCGGAGUUGUAUACGUCGGCGCCGCAGACCGCGGCCGUGACGGAUCCAGCGGCGCGAUCGUUGGCCGUGCUCGCGGACUUGUACGACAGAGAAUUAGUAGGCGUCAUCGGCUGGGCCAAACAAAUACCCGGAUUCACUGAACUUACCCUCAAUGAUCAGAUGCGGCUGCUACAAAGCACAUGGGCGGAGAUGCUCAGUUUAAUGUUGGCAUAUAGGUCUAUGUCGAGUGGGAGCGCCUUGCGUCUGCGUUUCGCUAACGAUUUCACGCUUGAUGAGCAACAGGCGAGGGAAAUUGGUGCACACGAUCUCUUCUUACAGGUAUCGGGCGUAGUGCGUCGCCUAGAGCGUGCGUCUGCGCAGCGUGAGGAGUGUUACUUGCUGAAGGCGUUAGCUUUGGCCAACAGCGAGGCGCGUCUCGACGAACACGCGGCCUUGCGUCGCUUCAGAGAUUCCAUACUUGCCGCCCUCAACGAUGCCGUCUCGGCCCUCAGGCCCUGCGAUGCAAACGGCGCCUUACAGCAGUUAUUGCUCGUGCUUCCAGCCCUACGUCUCGCGGACGUAGCGGUUAGACGCUUUUGGACGGCCGUACAUCGCGAUCGACGUACGCCUAUGAACAAACUCUUCAUUGAAAUGCUCGAGGCGUGUCUGCGGUAGGUUGGAUUUAGAAAAAUCUUGGUUGUGCAGGCUCACUUUCCAGUUUUAAACAGUUAGUGGACGAUAGGAAUAGAGGAUUGCGUCGGAGAUUGUCGAAGGGGAACCGCGCGGGCUUUCCUACCAAGCGAAGACACGUAACAUUGUAUGGGGCUGUAUUUUACCGAUAGAUUUUCUUAUAAAGCGAAAUUUAUUUUAAUGAUCUCAAGCUUAUCGGGUCUCGAUGGCGUUACAUUUAUCACGAAUUGUGUGUUAAGAUCAUUCAAGCCAUACAAUGAGUCGUGUCGAGAUUUUUUGUAAGAAUUUCUGUAUAUAAUGUCUGGUUUGUGGAGACGCGAUAUGUGUAGCAUUUAACGCUUUGUAUCAUAAUCCGAGAACAAUAUUAAACUUAUAUUGUUAAUAUUCAAACUUUAGUGUGAUGUGCGAAUUGGGAAUGUGAAUAAAUACCAAGUGAGAAAGUUAAACGAAUAUCAACCGUUCAUUUUGAUUUGAUAUAUUGAUCAACAUCACUUCAACAUAUUGAUAUAUUACGUCCGUAUUUCCGAUCGUAAUGAAAGUUUUGGUUUAGUCUUACGUUUAACUUUCACUCUUGGUGGAUAUUAUGGCUGUGAAAGGAUCGUCAGUAACAUUAUGUGUUGAUAAAUAAUAUCGCGUCCCCACGCCGUAAAUGUACAAAAUGAACGAAUGUAGUACAAAACUUGUUACUAUUUUUGUAUAAUAUUAAAAUAUACGUAGUUUUUUAGUACUGUGCGAGGUUGAGAUUAAUGGUCGGGUAGAGGAAUCAAUGUUGUUAGUUAUAAUUGUUAUUUUUUUUCUCUAAUUGUUUCCUGAAUGACGUUAAUUUUCCAGAUGGUUGAUUAUUUUAAGUUUACGCCUGUUUCUUUACUUAUGAGUGUACGAGGAACUGGGUGUUAAAUUUAAUGAGCAUUUAUCUUUUAAACUCGACUUCUUUGCUCGACCAACGUGAAAUACAAUUCUCUGUAAUUCAGUCGGUUUGAUUUCAAUGUUUGCAUAGAUUAUAUCACCAAGUGAUCACUGUUUUAUUGACUAUAGCGCCACCUUUUUAGACUGCUCUGAAAACUCACCUAGACCAGUUGUCAAGAGAGAAAUAUCGAUACAUUGUAUUCAGACAAUUUUAUUUCCAAAUAAAUAUAAUAGUAACCAUGGCAACAAAUAUUUUGCUAACUUUAGUGCGCGUUUUCUAUAAAACGGCCUUAUGGCCAUGAAAGUUUCCAGAGUAGUCUACUUAUAUAUAUUUAUACAAUAAUUCUUAAAGAUUUAUUUAUUAAAUUACCUAUUUAUACAGCUGUUCCACAUAUACCAUAUAUAUUUCCCCAUGUACAUGCCAUGAUAAAUUUUAUAUAACUCUAAAUAUCUAUAAAUGUUAAAUGUAAUUAUGAAUGUUAUAUUAAUGGUGGAACAGUAUUAUGAUAUAAAAUACCUCAGCUAUCUGUUACCAUAGACAAAUGUCAGGACCAUAGAAGUUUACCGCGAAUCGACGAAGUGGGAUCUGAGUUUCGCUUUAUUUAGUUAAGGGUUAUUUUCUUGAGAUAAUUUGGUUAAUUGUGACUUUUUAUAAGGCAUGUCUACUAAUCGUAGAGGGGGAAUUUAAGAAAUGUUGCUACUUAAAAAUUAAUAACAUUUAUCAGUUAGUUCAGCCAUUAGGGCGAAUCGAAAACUUUAUUUCUCCUUCUAGGAAGUGGAUUAUCUGUGGAAUAAUUUUAAGUUUUUAUUAAUAAUCAGGCGGAUAUAAGAUGCUGUGUUCUUCAAUACAAAAUCUAAUGCACCAAUUGAUAACAAUUCGAUUGCUUUUGGUAAAAUUUAAUAAAGCCGUUAAAACAUAGUUUUUCGGUUUGAAUUCCCAGUGUCUUUUAGUUUAUUUCUAUGUUAAGAAUGAUGUAUUAAAUGUUAAAGACCUCUAUGUUGGAGCGAUGUAGGCGGGUGUGAUAUUUGUACAAAUAGUGAGUUGUGCCAGAGUAGAAUAAUUUCAUUAUACGUUAAAAAAUUACUUUUAUUAUCUUUGAAAAAUUUGUUAAAACGAUGCAAUAUUUCAAAAUGAAUUUACAAUUAUUAUUAUUUCGGGUCUGGAAAACUAUGUGGA